GGGGCGGCUCCUGGCAGCAGAUCCGCUACAUUCAGCGAUUCCCCGCUCCAAACCGAGCCGAGCCAAGCCCGACCUCUUCCCGGCCCAGACACAGAGAAGGGCUGGCUGAGGCGGGGCCUGAUAGCGGGAGCUUCCCUAGUAUCCAAGUCGAGCGCGGCCUGGCUGAGAGGAACACGAAGAGCCGCCAGCGCCCCUCCGCCGUGCUCCGACACCGCCGUUAGCCGCCACCUCUGAGGAGAAAGAAGGGCACAUAGUGGGCGGUCGAGGCGAAGGACUGCACCUCCACAGGCCCCCUUCAUAGAGGCGCCUUUUGCCCUCCCUAUUUUUCUUUCUUUCUUGGCGCGUCGCCGUCCUCGAGCUCCACAUUCCCGCCUCCUCCUCUAAUGGCCAAAUGUGCAUUCAGCAGCCGCGGCAGGGGGUAAAGGGAGGGGAAAGCAGAGGGGGGCGCCUCCGUCCCCUCCUUCCCGGUCUGCAAAUGGGACCGGGGCUGGCCCUGGUGGGGCACGCCUGAAGGGAGGGUCCCGGAGGCUCCUCCCGCCCAGCCAGAAGUGCCUCCCCGGCGUACCCAGUGCGCGAGCAGGAGAUGGAUGGGACUGAGCUGGAUGGCAGCGGGGAGCAGGAGAUGGAUGGGACUGAGCUGGAUGGCAGCGGCGCUGAAGUCCCCCGGCAAUGCUGCCGGGCUGCUGCUGGCGGCGACCCCGAGCUUGGGGAAGCAACAGGCAAGGAAGGUGCAGCAGCAGCAGCCAUGGAAGAGCCCGCGGGGAAGCACGCCUCGAAAGGGACGGCUGCCUCUGACAUCGCCGCCGCCGCCGCAGCAGCCCAGGAGCUGAAGAAGAAGCAGCAAGGCGUCAAGAGGCAUCACCACAAGCACAACCUGAAGCAUCGCUAUGAGCUGCAGGAAACUCUUGGCAAGGGCACCUAUGGCAAAGUCAAGAGGGCCAUCGAGAGGUUUUCAGGCAGAGUGGUUGCAAUAAAAUCCAUCCGUAAGGACAAAAUUAAGGAUGAACAAGACAUGGUUCACAUCAGACGCGAGAUUGAGAUCAUGUCAUCUCUCAGCCAUCCUCAUAUCAUCACUAUAUACGAAGUGUUUGAAAAUAAAGAUAAAAUUGUGAUCAUUAUGGAAUAUGCAAGCAAAGGAGAAUUGUACGAUUAUAUCAGCGAGAGGCGAAGGCUGAACGAGCGGGAGACAAGACACUUCUUCCGGCAAAUUGUUUCUGCUGUCCAUUAUUGCCACAAGAAUGGUGUUGUCCAUAGGGACUUAAAACUGGAAAAUAUUCUUCUUGAUGACAAUUGUAAUAUCAAGAUUGCAGACUUUGGGCUGUCAAAUCUUUAUCAGAAAGAUAAAUUUCUCCAGACUUUCUGUGGAAGUCCGCUGUAUGCUUCUCCUGAAAUUGUCAAUGGAAGACCUUACCGAGGCCCAGAGGUUGACAGCUGGGCCCUCGGUGUAUUGCUUUACACUCUGGUGUAUGGAACGAUGCCCUUUGAUGGCUUUGAUCACAAAAAUCUAAUCAGGCAGAUCAGUAGUGGAGAAUAUCGUGAGCCAACGCAGCCCUCAGAUGCCCGUGGCCUGAUCAGGUGGAUGCUGAUGGUUAAUCCUGAGCGCAGAGCAACCAUUGAAGACAUAGCCAACCACUGGUGGGUGAACUGGGGCUACAAGAGCAGUGUUUGCGAUUGUGAUGCCUUGCAAGAUUGUGAGUCUCCUCUGCUGUCCAGAUUUAUAGACUGGCAUCAUCGUUCUAGUGGCCUCCAGCCAGAGACUGAUACCAAAUUGAAGUGCCUUUCAAAACCAAAAGGAUCUGAAGUUAUGCUAGAGAGACAGAGGUCCCUGAAAAAAUCAAAGAAGGAAAAUGACAUAUCACAGUCUAUCCAAGAAGGAGGAGUGGACAGUGCAUGCAAACUUAACUCCAAGAGACCAAAAGGUAUCUUGAAGAAAAGGAGCAACAGUGAACAUCGAUCUCACAGUGCAGGAUUCAUAGAAGGAGUGGUUAGUCCAGUGUUACCCUCCACUUUUAAAAUGGAGCAGGAACUGUGUAGGACAAACAUGUCUAUGAAAAGUGUUGUGGAGGGGGAGGUAACGGGUAAAUACAGCACUAAGCAGUCUUCCUUAAUGCCAAAAAAAGGAAUUCUGAAGAAGACUCAGCAGAGAGAAUCCGGUUAUUACUCUUCUCCAGAACGGAGUGAAUCUUCAGAACUCUUGCACCAUAAUGAAGAGGCGGGAAACUCUGACACGUCUUCAAGUGUCAUUGAGACGUUAAGGAUAGAGUCCCACAGCCAUUCCUACAGGCGAAAGGGUAUUUUGAAACACAGCAGCAAGUAUUCCACCAGAAGCACAGAUUCAGCUUUGGCAAGCCCUGACACACCAAUGCCAGAAGCCAUGGAAGAAACCGUCCUGCCCAGAGAUGGAUUAUCUCGAAGUUACAGCCGCCCUUCUAGUGUAAUCAGUGAUGACAGCAUCCUGUCCAAUGACUCUUUCGACUUGGUGGAUUUGCAAGAGAACCGGCUGAGAAUAAGGAGCUGCGUUUCUGCUGAAAAUUUCCUACAGAUCCAAGAUUUCCACGGUCUCCAGAAUCGCCCACGGCCACAGUAUCUGAAGCGUUAUAGGAAUCGGGCAGGCGAUAGCAGUUUUUCCCUCCUCACGGACAUGGAUGAUGUCACUCAGGUCUACAAGAAAGCUCUGGAGAUCUGUAACAAACUUAACUAGCAUAGUGGAGAAAGCAGGGCUGGAAGGAAAAAGGGUCUUGGGUACCUUUAUGAUGGAGUUGGCCUAGUUAACAAUUUGAUGACUGUUAAUUUACUGGCAUUGAUAAAGAAACAUUGAAAAGAGGGAUUGGGCAGAUAUGCUUCUGUUACGGUAUGAAAAAAAAUCAUCUCAUGUUCUUUAUGCAACCUUUAUAGCUCAUUCAAUCAAAAUACUACCUAAUGUCCAAAGAAAUUACAAUAAUAUAUGGAACAAAAACUCUGGAAUCUAGCAGACAGAAAAGAUCAUGAUCCAGUGGCUAUAAUUUGAAGCUAGACAAAAGGUAAACUGGAAAAAAGAUGCAUGCAUUUACACCAGAGAAGAUAACUAACCACUAGAAAAACCAUAAUUCAACCAGCAAAAAAGUCACCUUGUUGUAAAGUUGGCUGUUUACUAAAAGAAAGUUCUAUGUAACUGUCCAAAGGUUUAAACGAAUGAUAUUUUCUUUUGUCUGCCCAAACAAGGACGUGAUCCAGAGUGCUGUGUGCUGUGUGCAGAACUCUGGUGCAGAUACCUCUGUCAGCUGAUGAGUGGCGCUGCUCUUGAUCAGCUGACAGUGCCACCUUGUGAAACGUAUUUCGUACUUGAGUGGAAAGUGCUUUGUAUUUAUAGAAUUUAGGGAAAGGAGUUUGUAGUAUGUAGUAAAAGAAUGGAGAGCUGAGAAAGAGAAGGAGAAAGAAGAUGACCUUUUCUCCUGGAAAAAAAAAGGAAAAGAUGCAAGCAGGGCUCUGGAAAUCUGCAUAGCCAGAAUAAAGCCACAACAUGGGGCAUCUAAUUUGCCAAAGUGAUAGCUUCGUCAGAAUUUUGGCAGCUCCAAUGUUCAUUUUUGAAAACAACAUUCUGGCCUUCUUGGCGGCAAAGAAAGAUCUCAAAAUGGGUUGGCAGAUUUUAUUCAAAAUAAGUUACCUUGAAAUGAGUUGAACUUCACCCUGCAGUUAUGCACUUGAGUCGCACUGAUUUCAUUGGAACUCAGAGAUGCCUAAUGUUCUCUAACAUCUUCUCAUGCCUUUCUUCCCUUAUAGUUUUCCUGUCUUUUCUUGUCCCAGAAAGGCACUGAGUCAGGUUUAAUGUUCAGGAUGAGCCCCAUGUGGAAAGAUUAAACCUUUACAAACUCCAGAUAUAGAGAAACAGUGGAAGGGGGAAGUUUAGUUUACUCAACUGUUAAAUUUCAUAGAUCUUAACUCAAAACAUCUCAUUAUCAGGAACUCCUGAUAAUACAAAAUUAGAUUCAGUGCAAAGAAGAUCCAGGCACGUCACAGAGUUGAAACAGCUGUCUCAUCCCGUGCCCUUAUAUCUGGCUACUAGCAGGGCUAGUUCGAAGCACUUUGUCCCCCCAAGCCAGGUUCAACCUUUGCCUCCUUCUGCACUGCCAUUGGCUAAGGCUGCUUCUACAUAUAGGUUUUUCCCUGCAUGGAAAUUUGGAAGCUCAGAGAUUAAAAGGAGACAUUCACAUGAUGUCAUGUUCAUGCUGAACACGGGUUAUGGCAUUCUCAGCAUUUUUCCUGUAAUGUGAAGAAAAACAAAAUCUGUCUUUCUCUAGUUUAAAGGGAGAAUUGUGAUGUGGAUCCAAGUGGGGUGGCCAUCCAGAUUCUCCACUGUGCCUGGGAAGGACAAGAAGAGGUAAAAUCACCUUUCAGAAUGUCAAAGGACAGCUUUCUAUCCCCUUCGAAAGGAUUUUUUUGCAUUCACUGAGGCCUCUUCUGCACAUGCACUUUCAAUGUACUUUUCACCUUUGUGUAGUAGCAAAUUCCCACUGAAAAUUUAAUCUAAAUACAACCAAGUUUCAAAAGAAUCGGC